AUAAGCUGAUGGUUUAUUUCCGUUUCCGUUUGCAUUCUGUCCUGACUUGUUCAGACGGGAGGAACCAUGGAGAGCCGAUUCGCGAUGUAUUUAGAUCAGCAAAAAAAGAAAAAAAUUGCAGCGGUGCUUUUAUGGCGCCGAAUACGGCGCCAGAGAACACGCACGAUGUACGUACGAGACAUAUUUGAUAAGCGCACAGUGUUUGGAGAAUUUUACCAUCUAAUACAGGAGCUGCGCGAGUCCGACCCAGAAUACCACUUCCAAUAUUUCAGGAUGACGAAGGCUUCAUUCGACGAGCUGCUCGGACUCGUCCACGACCGUCUUGUACACUCGCCCACACAUCGCUCUCCCAUCUCGCCCGCUGAGCGGCUGGCCAUCACACUGAGGUUCCUUGCAUCACCAGGAUCCCUGGGCCAUGUGGCCAUAAGUUACCGCAUGCAUAAAGCAACAUUAUCGGGGAUCCUCCAGGAAACGCUGCCAGCCAUCUGGGACUGCCUCUCCCCGUUAGUGCUGCAGCCACCCACAUCACAACAGUGGGAAGAGAUCCGGAGGGAGUUCUGCGUCAAGUGGAACUUUCCUAACGCCAUUGGAUCAAUAGAUGGCAAGCACUUUGCGAUCAGGUGCCCACCAAACUCUGGCUCAAUAUUUCACAACUACAAGAAAUUCUACUCGAUGGUGCUGCUCGCUGUUGUUGAUGCCCACUACAGGUUUCGACUGGUGGACAUUGGGGCUGCCGGACACCAGUCCGAUGGCGGUGUGUUGAGAGAGUCUAACCUCGGAAAGGCGUUAGCUGCCAACACCCUCCAGAUCCCUGUAAUCGCAGAGCCUGCACCACCUCUGUGCCUCCUGGGGGAUGAAGCCUUCCCGUUGAAAACGUACCUCAUGCGCCCUUUCCCCGGAAGAGGCUUGGACUACCGAAAAAAGGUCUUCAACUACAGGCUCUCCCGGGGCAGGCGUACAGUAGAAAACGCCUUCGGAAUACUUGUGUCUCGCUGGCGGGCGUUUCUGGCUCCCAUGCAUGGCACUGUUGAGCACUGUGAAAAUAUGAUAAAAGCGGGAGUCUGCCUCCACAACUUCCUAACAAGGGAUGAAGCCUACCGCCCUCCUGGAUAUGCUGACAGUGAAAGGAGGGGUGCCCGUGUGGAUGGUCAGUGGCGAGCUGACAUUUUGAAUGUUGGUGUAAACAGGAGCCUAGGUGGCAACAGCAGCCCAGCAGCAAUCAGCAUCAGGGACCAGCUGGCAGACCACUUCAUCUCCCCUAGGGGAGCCAUCCCGUGGCAACACGACAUAGUGACGAGGGAGUAGACGACGACACAAGGUUGUUAUCAAUGCUGUUCAAUUUUUUUCUUUCCUUGCAAAUAAAUUGUAUAUAUUUUCUCUGCUCUGCUUGCUUAACAGGGUUGACCGGCAAAAU